UUUCAGAGUCUGACUACCCUGGAGAAGCCCUCCUAGUCAACAAGAACGACGGAGACGGGAGGUUUCCUCCAAUCCUAACUGAAAUUUCAAGACAAUGGUCGCCAGUGACCUCCCUUUGGGGAUCAUGAUGCUGCUACAGAUCAGCAUUGGAACCUCAGCGAACAUCUUCCUCUUCCUGUUUUACACCCGUGCGGUCUUUGCCAGCCACAAGUCCAGCUCCUCCGACGUGAUCCUCGCCCACCUGGUCUUGGCCAACACCGUCAUCCUCCUCGCCAGCGGAAUCCCUGAGACCGUGUCAGCUUGGGGGCCGAGUAAUUUCCUGAAUGACGUUGGCUGUAAGAUCCUCAUCUACCUGUACCGAGUAGCCCGGGGUCUCGCCAUCUGCACCACCUGCCUCCUGAGCGUCUUCCAGGCCGUCACCGUCAGCCCCGGCACCUCCAGGUGGGCGGGGGUCAAAGCCAAAUUGAACAGGGGCAUCCUCCCCUCCUGUGUUCUCUCUUGGGUCCUCAACAUGUUCAUAGACUUUUCUACGCUGUUGUACAUGACUGGGCCCCAGAACAGCAGCAGGGUUCGAAUCAUAUUGGAUCUGAAAUAUUGCUCCACAGUCAGUGUCGGUGCAGGCAUCACCCUGUUAAAUGCAAUUGGUCAUUCCCUCUGGGAUCUGUUCUUCGUGGGGUCCAUGAGCGUGGCCAGCGGCUACAUGGUGUUUGUCCUGCACAGACACCACCGGCGGGUCCGGCACCUCCACGGGACCGGACGCUCCCCCGGGGCGUUGCCCGAGGUCCGGGCGGCCAAGAGAGUCGUCACCCUGGUCAUCCUCUACGUCCUCCUCUACGGGCGACAGACAAUCACGCUAGGCGUUAUGAUAAACACGAAAGAGAAAUCUCCCCUGCUGGUGAACGUCCACAUGGUGCUGUCCUUCACCUUCUCAGCCGUCAGUCCCUUCCUGAUGAUCCACAGCGACAGGAGGAUAAGGAGGUUCUGGAAAAGGGAAUCUCCCGAUUCUGACACGAAUCCCUCGUAG